AUGGGGCUGACUCCUCAGAUAAGUCCGAAUCGAGACCCCAGGCUCAAGCCUUGGUGUGACUUUGUCCUUGGUGAUUCCCCCUUCUCUGUUUGUUUUGUGAUGAAUAUUAUAAGUUGGAAUUGUAGAGGUGCUGGAGGAAAAACUUUUCCUACUCUUAUUAGAGAUAUUAGAAGAGAGUAUAAUACAAAUUUCAUUAUUCUUCUUGAAACUUAUAUAAAUGGUUCGUGUGGGGCUACUAUUCGUGACAAAAUUGGAUUUGAUAAUUCCUUUAUUGUGGAAGCUAAUGGCCAUUCGGAAGGAAUUUGGUGCCUGUGGGACUCAGGUUCUUGGAAAGUUGAUAUUUUAGAACAUAAUCAUCAAAUUGUUCAUGUUAGGCUUACCAGUAAUAAUGCUACUACCUGGCUCCUCUCUGUUGUUUAUGGCAACCCACAACGCCCGAAUAGAAGAUCCCUUUGGACUUCCCUCCGUUCCCUGGCAGCCAAUAUUAAUCUUCAUUGGUGCAUAUUAGGAUAUUUUAACGCUCUUCUUCAUGAUUAUGAAAGACAAAGGGGUACUCGUAGUGCUAAUUCUGGAGCUUGCUCAGACUUUCAAAGUUGCGUUUCUGAUUGCAGAUUGGUAGAUUUAGGUUAUAUGGGCUAG